AUGAAAUUAUUGCGUGCUUGGAUAGAAUCGAGUAACUCACUUUGUGUCGACUUACGUACAAAACUGGAUUUUAAACAAUGUCACUUAAAAUCCUCCACGAAUAUCCCACUUUCCCAACUCGUCUUACGUCAAUCCGAACUUCCACCUAAACGAUUACCUUUUGCUGUCAUCGAACCACUUCACGAAAAAGGUUGUGCUACUUGGUUGAUCGAACAAGGUUGGCAAGUGCCCUGGGUACUUUGGGAAGGUGAACUGACCUGGAAACAAGCCAUCGAGAACGGUUGGAUAUCAGAUACGGAUGAACAAUGGCUAUUAUUUCAACCAUCCCCCUUUCUCAUGGCUCACAUGGAUACCAUUGAACUCCCUCUACGACAAUUUAAAAAGGACACACCCUGGACUUGUUUAGAUAUUGGGUGUGGAUCAGGUCGUGAUGUAGGUUGGUUACUCGCUCGUAAUAAACAAUGGCAUGCAUCCGCAUUCGAUUCAUUGGCUGGCGCCAUGGUCCGUACCGAUCUCCUUGUACGCAACCUCAACGUCAGUCAUCAACUUGACCUACUUGCACAAGCCAAACUUCUCAAUAACGGUGAGUGGAAAUUAGUGUCGGAUGCUUGGUGGGACCCCCAUGGGGAAACACAGGAACUCCAAGACCCCACAGAAGAGAUCGCCAAACGACUCGCGAUGACAGCGUUGGAAAGCAAAGACACGGCAUCCUACACGUUCCCUCAGUUUUACAACCGAUUAAACCCCGUCGCAAAGUCACACACCUUUGACCUCAUUUUAAACAUUCGGUUCCUGUCAAGACCGUUUUUGGCACAAGUACCGUCGUUAUUGAACAAGAAUGGAUGUUUUGUCAUUUCCCAUUUCGUGGAUGAUCCAGCCUAUGAUUAUAAGCAGCCUAAAAAGAGUCUACGUUUGCAAAUGAAUGAAAUUAGUCAAUUCUUUGCAAAGUUUGAUGAAUUGGAAAUCAUAAAAGAUGUCAUUGAGGAAAUAGAAGACGGAAGACCUAUUAAUUCCGUUAUUGUACGUAAGAAAAAAUAA